UCUAUCUAUAUUAUAACACUAACUCUCUCUCUCUCUCUCUCUCUCUCUCUCUCUCUUAAGUAUUUGUAUUUGUCUGGAGUAGCUUGCAAUGCGCCACAACAACAACACUCUGCUCUGUUAUCGUACAAAAGCAUAACAAGCUGAACAAAACGACACACUCCACAAUCUUCCUUCACAUGAACAAUCUUGCAUGUUUUCUUCUCUUCAAUAUUCAUUUCAAUUCACACUUCAAUAUUCACCAUAUCACUUAUUCUUUCUGAUUCUCUCACUUUUACAAAAAGAAGAAGAAAAAACGUUUUUUUUUGCAGAACCCAUCUUUGUUCUCUCAGUUACAAGUAGCAGAUUGUACUCUAUACAGGGAUAGUAGUAGAAUUGAGGAAGAGGGAUAGAAGAUUGCAUAGCUGAAAAUGGCUUCAAGAGUGGACACUGAUGAAGAGGGUGAUAACAAAGGUAGUAUGUGGGAUUUGGAUCAGAAGCUUGACCAGCCUAUGGAGGAAGAGGCAGGAAGACUCAGGAAUAUGUACAGAGAAAAAAAAUUUUCUGCAUUGUUGAUUCUGCGGCUUGCAUAUCAGAGUCUUGGCGUGGUUUAUGGAGAUUUGGGCACUUCACCCUUGUAUGUUUUCUACAAUAUAUUUCCGAACGGCGUGAAAGAUGAAGAGGAAGUACUUGGAGCUCUUUCUUUGAUUAUCUACUCUCUUACUUUGGUGCCUCUCCUCAAAUAUGUUUUUAUUGUGUUAAGAGCAAAUGACAAUGGACAAGGUGGAACAUUUGCGCUUUAUUCUUUGCUUUGCCGACACGCAAAGAUAAAAACCAUUCCCAAUCAGCAUCGCACCGAUGAAGAACUAACAACAUAUAGUCGUUCUACCUUCCAUGAAAGGUCAUUUGCUGCAAAAACUAAAAGAUGGUUGGAGGAACGUGAAUCAUGGAAGAGCGCCAUUCUUAUUCUUGUCCUUGCUGGCACCUGCAUGGUAAUCGGAGACGGGAUUCUUACCCCGGCUAUAUCAGUUUUAUCGGCUGUUGGUGGGAUUAAGGUAAAUCAGCCCCAUAUGGGUAAUGGUGUUGUAGUUCUCAUUGCUGUUGUAAUAUUAGUUGGAUUUUUCAGCCUGCAACAUUAUGGCACAGACAAAGUUAGUUGGCUCUUUGCUCCAAUUGUCCUCCUUUGGUUUCUCCUAAUAGGAGGUAUUGGUAUAUUUAACAUCUGUAAGUAUGGAAGCGGAGUUCUAAAAGCCUUUUCUCCUGUUUACAUAUAUCACUAUUUUAGAAGAGGUGGAAAACAAGGAUGGACUUCCCUUGGUGGUAUCAUGCUCAGUAUAACAGGGACGGAGGCUCUUUUCGCCGACCUAUCUCAUUUUCCGGUCUCAGCUGUACAGCUUGCAUUUACUCUGGUUGUGUUUCCCUGCCUUCUUUUAGCCUAUUCUGGACAAGCUGCAUACCUUAUGAAUAACUUGACUCAUUCAAAAGAUGCUUUUUAUCGUUCUAUUCCAGAAAGAAUAUACUGGCCGGUAUUUGUUGUUGCAACAGCGGCAGCCAUAGUUGCAAGCCAGGCGACAAUAACUGCAACAUUUUCGAUUAUUAAGCAAGCCCUUGCUCAUGGUUGUUUCCCUAGAGUUAAAGUUGUAUAUACAUCAAAGAAGUUCGCCGGCCAGAUAUAUAGUCCAGAUAUCAAUUGGGUCCUUAUGAUUCUUUGCAUUGCCGUCACGGCAGGGUUCGAAAAUCAAAACCAGAUUGGAAAUGCUUAUGGUACUGCAGUGGUGAUUGUCUUUCUCGUUACUACAUUCCUUAUGAUUUUAAUCAUGAUAUUGGUGUGGCGCUGCCACUGGAUUCUUGUACUUGCCUUCACUUGCUUAUCAUUGGUUGUGGAAUUGUCAUACUUCUUCUCCGUAAUCUUCAAAGUUAACCAAGGUGGAUGGGUUCCUCUUGUAAUUGCCGGAGUGUUUUUUAUCAUUAUGUUUGUCUGGCAUUAUGGUACAGUGAAACGCUACGAGUUUGAAAUGCACAGUAAAGUCUCGAUGGCAUGGAUUCUCGGGCUUGGUCCAAGUUUAGGACUUGUUCGUGUACCUGGAAUCGGACUAGUCUACACAGAACUUGCAAGUGGAGUACCACCGAUCUUUUCUCAUUUCAUCACCAACCUACCAGCCAUCCAUUCUGUUGUUGUUUUCGUAUGCGUCAAAUACCUUCCUGUUUACACCGUCCCGGAAGAAGAGAGAUACCUUGUAAAGAGGAUUGGACCUAAGAAUUACCACAUCUUUCGAUGUGUGGCACGGUAUGGCUACAAAGACCUGCACAAGAAAGACGAAGAGUUUGAGAAAAAACUCUUUGAUAACCUUUCACUGUUUGUUAAGCUUGAAUCUAUGAUGGAAGGUUGUUCAGACUCAGAUGAAUACAGUUUAUAUGGACAGCAGGAUGGCGUGUUGAAUAACAACGGAAGCACGACUUCUUCGAAUGUGGAGUUAACAAUUAACUCGAUAGAUUCGAUAGUACAAGUUCGAUCACCGCCGCCAAAUGUGAAUAUCACUGUUAGGUCAUGCGGUCAAAUAAGUGGCCAAACCGAGGGCGAUGAACUUGAAUUUUUGAAUAACUGCAGGGAUGCUGGGGUGGUUCACAUAUUAGGAAACACAGUUGUGAUGGCAAGGAGGGAUUCAAAUAUUUUCAAGAAAGUAGCUGUUGAUUACAUAUAUGCAUUUCUUAGGAAAAUAUGCAGGGAAAAUAGUGUGAUCUUCAAUGUUCCUCAUGAGAGUCUCUUAAAUGUUGGUCAGAUAUUCUAUGUAUAGCCUCCCAUGCCCUUCAUCACAAGUCAUUUUAUGAUUGCCAUCCUAUGCAAAGUUGAGGCAAGUGUUGCAUAUGAACAACAUCACCUUGCUUGCGGUAAUCAGUGCUAGAAUCAACUUUUUUUUGGUAAUUAUUUGUUCAAAAUUAGAAGUACAAUAAGAAACCGUUAAUCGCCUUUUUGUUUGAGGUUAUUUUCGACAAAAACGACAUAACUUGUGGUUUAAUAGAACAAUUUUUUAAGCC